AAUUACAAAGACUCUGUCAAAAUUAAAAGACAUUUAUACGAACAAAUCAUUUCAGUGUAAUUUCACGCUUUGGUUGUCGUUGAAAGAAGCAUUAUAAUAGUAGGCUGAGAUUUUGGGAACGAAGAUAGCAAAAGUCUCGCCAUGUCGAUUGUGGAGAUGAGAGUGCACAUGGACUGUCCCGGAUGCGAAAGAAAAAUAACGAAAGCCCUUUCAAAAUUAGAUGGCGUGGACAACAUAGACGUAGAUAUGAACAUGCAAAAGGUGACGGUGACAGGGUGGGCAGAUCAGAAAAAGGUUCUGAAAACUGUACGGAAGACCGGCCGGAAGGCGGAGCUAUGGCCGUUCCCGUACAACCCGGAGUACCACGCCUACUACAGCCACUACUACGGGAGUCCGGCCAACUACGGCUCCGCCUCCGGCUACAGCACCCCAGCUAAUUAUUACGCAGCCGAGACAACCUCCACCUACAACUAUCGUAAGCACGGGUACAAUGGCCACGACCACGGCUACUACCAGCAGCCACCCGCGUCGGAUAUUCUUGACAGCCGCACCGCGGCCAUUUUUAGCGACGAAAACGCCACUGGUUGCUCUGUAAUGUGAUUAAAUGAAAGAUGGAGCAAAACAUUGUUAAGAGCUGAUGCAGCAAAUCUCAAAUACCAAAAUCAAGAAUUCAAGAUCAUGUGAAAGUGAAAGCAAAAUUUAUCCCCUUUGAUUAGUGGAUGAAAAAUAUAACAUCAUAUAUCAAUAAAAAGACUUUUAUCCUCA